AUGGACGAUAAUUAUACUGAUACUCUGACAAACCAGCCGAUGUUCUAUACCAAUUCACCCACAACAGCCAAUAAUACAAGUAGAGCCACAACAGGAGCAACAACUACGUCAACAUCCCACCACCCCGGAGUUGGCAAUAACAACAAAAACAGCAGCAGCAACAGCAAUAACAACGGUAAUUCAAAUAACAAGAACAACAAAAACAACAGCAGUAGCAGUAACAGCAACAGCAACAGUAAUCCCGUUGGUAUCGUUGAUGUGAAUCGCCAUAAUAGUACACCCGAUACUAACAACUCAAUCCAUUCCAUGAAUAAUAGUAAUAAUAGCAAUAGCAAAAACAACAACAACAACAACAACAACAAUAAUAAUAAUAAUAACAGUAAUAAUGGCAAGAAUAAUAACACUAGAUCAUCUUCGGCUAGUAUGAAUGGCCACGACUCAGGCGUACCAACACCAAGAAGUAUAGGUGUAGGGGGUGGGAGUUCAGGUGGAGUGCUACAAGGAAAUAGUCACAAUCAUGAUUUGGGAGUGGUUGGAAAUGGACUCUCCAACACAAUUGUUCGACAACCUCACCACAAUAAUGUCGGAAACGCCAACAACGAGUCUGUACAAACCCCACAUCACCAACCUCAACUUCAACAUCACCAUAGCUUUCAAGGCGGAGUGCAAAGUGGAGCAGGUUCUGGAGGCAGGCUCAAUGAUCAACACACCAUCAAUGAUUUAUACCAAUUAAUUGGUCAACUACAACAACAAAAUACCAUUAAUAAUCAAAUAAUGAUGAAAAUGAACUAUAUGUCGGAGUCCUUGCAACAAGUUCAACAAAAUCUUCGCGAAUUGAACCAGCAGGUUAUGUACACUAUCAAGGGCAACAACAAUGGUUCUAAUGUGUUUGGUGGAGGCAAUGCUACUGCGUUUGAGUUAAGUACUGGAGCAGGAGGUAAUAAUUUCAACAAUCAGUUUAAAACAAUUGAGAUCUUCACAAAGCAUUUGAAAAAGUUGAACAAAGAAAUGGAAGAAAUGACGAAUGGGCAUCAAAUGGGGCCAAGUUCAAAUGCUGGGGCACCUGCCGACGUAAUUACACAGAAUGGGCAACAAGCGCAGCAGCAACAAACCGAACAACAACAACAACAACAACAACAACAACAACAACAACAACAACAACCAAUACCACCACAGCAGCAGCAGCAGCAGCAACAACCACAACAACAGCUUCCACAUAAUACUGCCUCGGCAUCUCAUCAGAUCCAAGCGAACUCGACCAAUAGUGCUUUUGAAGAUGACGAUUUAUCUAGAAAGAACCUUUUCCGUUCACUCGCAGGUACAGCAGGAUCAGCAACAAUAUCUAAUGCUACAUCUCCUUACAGUUUUGAGAAUUUCGGGGGUUAUACAACUCACGGUGCAACAACAACUACGACAAGAAAUGGUGUUGGCAUUGGUACCAACGGUGCCCAACUAAAUGGAAGUAUGAUAUAUGAUAAAUCACCUUUAGCGCAGGCGCAGAUUCCGCAGAUUCCACUUUCAUCACAACAACAACAACAACAACAACAACAACAACAGCAGCAACAACAACAACACCAUCAUCAACAGCAUCAGCUAAAGGGAGGUCGAAAUAAACAAUUUAGAAACAUCAACCGCCCACCUUUACUCUCACAACAACAACAACAACUCCCCCAAAACCAACAACACCUACAUCAUCAACUGCCGCCUUCAUCAGCACCACCCGUACCAGUACCAGUACCAGUACCACCAUCAUCAUUAUCUUCUUCUUCAUCACAUGCUCAAAAUAAUGCCUUUGCUAAUUCCUAUAUGCUUCCCAUGCCUCCCUUGCUCACCGAAGAUAAGACCAGCGGACUCAAUGAUCCAUCGUCGCAAUUCAUGAUGCCACGAGAGAAUGGCAAUUUGAUGACAUCUUCAUUGCGACUGCAGCCCUCGCAUACUCGAGCCAUACCACCUCAGGCAUCGACAGCAACAUUCCCAUUUGAUGAUAAUGACAUUGAACAAAGCAUAGAUGAAUUGGAACAACAGGCUGGUGGGCCAAGUUCAAAUAAUGGCCCAGGACAGAAUAACUCUAACUCCAACAGCAGUAGCAAUCACCGGAACGCUGAUGACAACAACAGCAACAACAAUAGCAAUGGCAACCCACAACAACAUCAACACCAACACCAGCACCAGCACCAGCAACAACAACAACAACAACAACAACAACAACAACUAGGGAAUCAGUCCUCUACAGUUGCUCAUCAUGAUCAAAUUGAUAUUGUCAAUGGUCACAUUCUAGACCAUAGACACGAUAAUCAAGUUGCCAAGACGCCUUACGGCAAGCGAAGAAAAGUAAGUACGAACAGUAUUCAUAGCAUGACCAGCAGAAGCAGCAGUAUCACGGCAGAUUUGAAGAAUACUACGCAUCCCAAUGAUGUUCCACAAUAUAAAUUAGAACGAAGUUUAAAAAACAUUGAGGAUAUUUGGAAAGAAUAUGCUCAUGGAAUGAACGAUAAGCCGCCAUUGAAAACACUAGAGUCCAAGUUUGGAACGAAAUGGAGAAAUGAGACUGAAUCACGAACAUUUUUGAGAAGGAAGAAAAUAUAUGAGGCGAUAGAAAUUGGGAAAAGUAAAGGGUACGAGGAAGAAGAAGUUAUCAGAGAAUUGGAAGAGUAUAGAAGUUACGAAAAAGCAGGUAAUGUGAAGAAGAGGCCAUUGUCGUGGUUGAGUGCAAACAUGCCUGAGAAGUAUAAUAAUCCUGAAGAAUGA